AUGGCCCGGCUGCGUGUGCUGCUCAGCUUCGCGCUCCUGGCCGCCGCGGUCGCCAGCGACUACUGGUACAUCCUGGAGGUGGCGGACGCCGGCAAUGGCAGCGCCGGGCCCGGGCGCGCAGAGCUGCUCUCCUCGCACUCGGGGCUCUGGCGCGUCUGCGAAGGGCAGAACAGCUGCAUCCCGCUGGUCGACCCUUUCACCAGUGAGAGCCUGGACGUCUCCACCUCGGUGCAGCACCUCGUCUUGCUGCACCGCGCAGUCAUGGUGGUCCUGCCCCUGAGCCUGGUCCUUCUCGUAUGCGGCUGGAUCUGCGGCCUGCUCAGCUCCCUGGCCCAGAGCGCGCCUCUCCUGCUCUUCACCGGCUGCUACUUCCUGCUGGGGGGUGUCCUAACCCUGACGGGGGUCAGCAUCUACAUCAGCUACUCGCACCUGGCCUUCGAGGAGACAGCGCGGCAGUACGGCCCACAGCACGUGCAGGGCGUCCGCGUCAGCUUCAGCUGGUCCAUGGCCCUGGCCUGGGGCUCCUGUGCCUCAGAGGCAUUCAGCGGAGCCCUCCUGCUCUCGGCAGCCCAGACCCUCAGCCUGAGCCCCCCACUCUGUGGUCAUCUGAGCCCCCAGCAGAGGGGGAGACUGAGGCCCAGAGCGGCAGAGGGACUCACCCAGAUCACCCGGUACCAGAGAGAUGCCAUUUCAGGCCAAGGUUUCCCUGGCCUCGUUCUGUCCACUCUCCCUGGAGGGCCGGCUUGGUGGAGAAGAGGCUGAGGAGAGGGCCCGAGAGCCCCCUCCGACUUGCAGGUGUUGGGGGGCGAGGAGCUGAGCCAGCCAGAUGUGCCUCUCUGUCCGCUCCCUUGUUUUCAAGCCUGCUAGUACAAAGGUGAGCAAACACUGUCACCAGCUGUGCACGUGUCUGUCCAUCCAGAGGUGUUCUGAGAGCGUGUGUGCCCAUGUGUGUCCACUGUGAAGUCAUCUGCAGACACACAAGCCUACUUAUUCCAAGGUCAGCACAGGGAGGCCGGGGCCUGGGGCUCCGUGUUGGAAACGGGGGCUGGCUUCGUGGGCAUGUCCUCUCAGCUUGCGGGGAAAGGUGUGGGGGACUCCUUCCCUCCUCCUGGCCCCCCGCCUCUGCUGAGGAGGCUUCUCCCGGGGGUUUGCUGGGAAGCCAGGGGUGUGAGCCUAACUUCAGGCUUCUCACGGCAGGUGGGCUUGGGCUCUGGGGAUAGGACACUGGGGAAGACACACCGGGGAGGGGCUGCUGGGACCAGCAGAGUUCCCGGAGAGUGUGUGUGUCGGGGGGGAUGUGCUGCUUGCACCUUCCCUUCCAGAACAGACCUGCCCACCUUGCCUCCACCUGUUCUAGGGGGUGUGGAAUUCAGCCAGGCCAGGUAACUUCUUCACUCUCUCAUUGGCCAGCCACAGCCCUCACCCUCUGAUUGGCCGACCCUCACCCUGUAGUUGGCUAGUGGACUCCCUCAUGCUCUGAUUGGCUAGUCAACUCCUUCACUCUGAUUGGCCAACCACAUCCCUCACCCUCUGAUUAGCUAGUUGACGCCACUCUGGCCAGUUAAUGCGCCACACUCUCUGAUUGGCCAGUGUUCCUCCCCCUCUGAUUGGCCAGUUAACUCCACUCUCUGGCUAGUCUCCACAGUGAUUGGCCCAAGGGUUCUGUCUGUGUUCAUGGUUCUCUGAGUGUCAGGCUUUGCAGGUGUGAUUAAGAGGCGGAUGAGUGCCUCCCAGGGAAGAGACAGUGCAUGGUUCAAGGUCACCCAGAAUAGACAAUAUGACAUCAGGCUCAAAUGGUGCUGCAUUGUUUACAGCAAGAGGAGAGCGCCGGUGCAUCCAAUCCCCUUGUAGUGGUGGUUCCCACGGUUGGAUCCACUGGCCCAAGUGGGCCUCUUUCUUCGAUUUUUCUUAGAACUUUUCAAAAUAGGUAACACAUGCCUGUGUGUCACAAAUAGCACAAAGGCGAGUAAACACUGUCACCAGCUGUGCACCCGUCUGUCCAUCCAGAGGCGUCCUGUGCGUGUGUGUGAGCAAGCGCCCGUCUGUCCAUCCAGAGGUGUCCUGUGCGUGUGUGUGAGCAAGCGUGUGCGCGUGUAGGAAAGCAGCCCUGACUCAGAGGCCCUUCCCCCAGCAUCGAAGGUUCUUGCUCCUCUCACCACAGCAAAGCCCUUUCUCCAGGGAUGGCCCAGCUCCGCCAGGUCCUGGGCGUACUUGCAUCCCACUCUGGCACGUUUAUCUGCACCACCUGGUGGGUGCCCCUGCCAGGGGCCUGACCUCUGUGAGGACAGGGGCCUCUCAUGAGCUCAGGCCCUAAGCCCAGCUGGCAUUUAUAAAUGCAGUAGGCAGCCCCCAAGUGAGCCCUCAUCUGUCCUCAUCUGCUGGUGCUCACCCCUCUGUCGGCCUUACCACACUGAGUCAGAGCUGACUUCGGUGUCAAGUAAGAAGUACCAGCGUGGGAAGAGGUCAUAAAAACGCAGCUUCUGCCUCGGUCUCAGACUGCUCACCCUAGGGGAAGCAAGUCAUCAGACAGCGAAGACACCCAGGAAGCCCUGAGGAGAUGUUCACGUGGGCAGGACUGAGGCCUCCGCCACCAACAGCAGCAGCGCGUCAGCUGUGUGAGCACACCACCUGCAAGAGGAUUAUUCAGCUAAUGCAGUUCUCACUGAUGUCUUGACUGCAGCCUCGUGAGAAACUGAACAGCGGCAUGCACACCACGUGGCCAGUGUGGGCCAUCUCAUCAGCGCUCCCAGCCCGCAACCCAGCCACGCUCACCAUCACUAUGUCUGUCUCCGUGAAGGUGGGAUCAAGGGAGCAGACGGACAACACCAGCUCCUGGAGUCCUAGGCCAGGCCCUGAGGUGAGUGGAGACCACCCCAGGCUCUGACCCUGACCCCAUUGUCCAGAGAGGUCACCCGGGAGGCAGGGGGCAGUCCAGUUGCCGUGGGGGAAGGAAGAGCCUGGCCUUUGCAGUCACACAGACUGGGCUCUGCUGCGUUUAGCUGUGUGAUCUCAGACAAACCUAUGACCUCUCUGGGCCUCUGUUUCCUCAUUGUGAAGUAGGGACGUCAGGGGGUUGUUGGAGGACUCAGUGAAGAGAUGAAAGACCCGGGUUAGAGGCUCUGCCAGACUCUGCGGAGCAUUACAAUUCUGGCCACCCACCGAGGGCUGCCUCCGGCUGGACUCUGCACUCAGUAGGACCUGCUGAAGCAGCUGGUGCCCUGGGUCCCGCCCUAGUGACUCAACGGCCACCCUGAGUCCCAGGGUCCAGAAGCCUGCAGACCUGCUGGGGGACCCUCCAUGGCACAGCUCAAGCCAAGUCAGAGGAAGCACAGGGAAGCGAGGGUGGAGUGUCCUGUCCAGGCACCUUUGGUGAAUCUCUGGGCGUUCCCGUGGUCCCGCUGCAGUGCCUGCUCUGUGUCAGCCAGUCCCACCAGGGCCGCCGCGGCCAGCACCCCCACCUGGUGCACGCCUCCACCCAGGGCUUUUUGGAGGCACCAAGCUUCUUCAAUGAAGUCCUUGAGCCUCCCAGCACCCUACUGGGGCGCCCAGGCCCUGGGAGGUGGCGAGGAGAGACUCCUGCCAGCCCACAUCCCUGUCCUUGGCCCGGGGUAGGCACAGAUGCAUAGCCCUGUCUGCAGAGGUGUUAAAGGGGAACCUGCGGCCGGCUGCCAGGGAUGGAGCUCAGGAAUCCAACACUGCCUCCUGCUGGGGCGCCCCACCCCACCUGUCUGUGGGAGGCCAGCCCAGGGCUUUCCCACCUCGGAGAGGCAGAAAGACACAGAGUCACAGUGCUCCACAAUGUGGGUGGUGGGACAUGCAGGGCCAGUGCCAUGUUCAUCAGCUGGGCCCCAUCCAGGUGGACCUGGGCCCUGUAGGUCUGGGCCUGGAGGUGCACCUGGGGACGAGGUGCAGGCAGUCAGAGGGGCCGGGCCUGAGGGAGGCAUAGAGGGAAGAGGGGUCUGGGCUUAGCUGCCUGAGGAAUCAUGAGGGAUCAGGAGACCUGGCUGGUGACUGGCUCUGGCGAUCUGGGACCUGAGCAGUCAGGCUGUGCUGCCUGAGCCUCCGUGCUGGGCUCUGGGAGGGGCUGGGGGUGCACAUUUAACCCAGCUUUGUCGCACACUGACCAUGGGCCAAAUGCUAGCCGUGGGCCAAGGGUAAAUGUGUGUCACCUCAUUUAGGCUUCACGACAACUCAAGGGAGACGCCACUGCUCCCAUUUCACAGGCAAGGAACGCAAGGCUUGGAGGGUUAGGCUGCUGCCUAAUUAGUGUCUGGUAAACAGCAGAGCUCCGACACUGCGGCGUCCUCACCUCGCAUGUGGGUGGCAAGGACCAGGUGGAGGGCACUCACACACGCUCGUUCCUACAGCCUGACGGGGCAUGUGUUUCCAGGCCAAGGCAGCAGACCCUGGUGCUGCUCUGGGACUCGGCUCUCGGGGCUUGGAGGUGGGGGCAUCUCUGCUCUUGGGCUGCUGCAGGCACUAGGGGCCCUGGCCUGGGGCAAUAAUUCCCUUUGUGUCUCAGCCUAGGACCAUACAUGUGUCCUUCCUGUGACAGGUCUGGCCACUGAUGGGUGCCCAUGGCACAAAUCAGAGGGGACUGAACCCCAGGAUGGGCCAGGGGCACAGGAAGCCAGGAUCAGGCUGGUGGAGGGCGCACAGUGGUGGGGCCGGGCCUACCUGGCG